AUGUCGUACAAUCAACAAUACUCUUCUACUGGCACUGGACAAGGCAAUUACAGCGGUGCUGAUAUCGAUCGUACCAUGCACGACCAAACCUAUCAAUCCGAAUACACUGGUAGCCAAAAUGAGCCAUUGAAUCAAUCAAGCUUCAACGAUAACAACAACACCAGUGGAUUUGCAAACAACCCCACCACCACACAACAAUCGUCGGGUGGUCAAUAUAGUGCUGGUAAUACGGCUGGUGCUACUGGUGUUGCUCAACCUCAAAGCCAAACAGGAUAUGAUCAAACUCAAACGUCUGCUGCUGGUCAACCACAACAACGUCAAGCCGGAUGGAAUCAACCUUCGACUGCCGAUAGCUACCAAAACAUUGGUCAACCACAACAAGCUGAGCGUGCUCCCUCUGCUGGUGAACGUAUCAAAGGCAACAUUGAAAAGCUCGGUGGUAAAUUGAUGAAUGACCCCAACAAGGUGGCCCAUGGUGAAGAUAUUGCACAGGGUCGUCGCAUGUAA